AAACCUUCUUGCAUCGGGGUACUUAAUUGACCUCGAACGGGUGAAGAGUCAUCUCCAGACGGAGUUAUUCAUUUUCAGUCCAGUCUGGUGGAGAGUGCCAUCUGACAAAAUCUUCCAAAAUACAGCCAGGAUUUGCUGCAUAAUAAAGAGGAGUGUUCGUUUUAAAAUAAUCAUCAAAUGAAGAUCCACGAGGUCUUCAUUGUCCCCUUGUUUGAUUCUACUAUUAUUCAGAUUGUUUUGAAACUAAUUGCUCCAAGCUCAGUUUUAGCUCAAGAUGGAUACUACUAGAGAUGAUGAAUUCACAUUCUCAAAAGUUGCGGGAGCAGAUAGUGAAGUUGUUAUUGAGGCAAAAGAGCUUGCAUCAAAUGUGGGAAGUAUUACCCUUGACGAUGGAUUAGAUCAACCAAGCAAUGGUCUUAUUUGGAAAGAUAAGUCUCUUCCUCCAAAGGAAGAGAAAAUAGGUUCUUUGUCUUUCGCGGUGAUUGAUUCUUCAUCUUUAAAAAAGCCGUCCAAUGAAUCAUCUGAGACUUUUAAAACUCCAGCUAGAAAGCCUGUAACUCGUACCAAAGUUCCCUUUGAAAAGGGUUAUAGCCAAAUGGAUUGGAUGAAACUUACACGAACACAUCCGGAUCUUGCGGGACUGAAGGGAGAGUCAAACAGGAGGCUUAUUCCAAUGGAUGAAGUAAAGAAGCACAGAUCAGGAGAUUCUAUGUGGACUGUUUUGAAAGGUCGUGUGUACAACAUAUCACCUUAUAUGAAUUUUCAUCCCGGAGGUGUAGAUAUGCUGAUGAAAGCGGUUGGGAGAGACGGUACACUCUUGUUCAACAAAUACCAUGCUUGGGUCAAUUUUGAUAUCUUACUUGAGAAAUGCCUUGUUGGAGUUUUGGAUGAGACCAAAGUGAAGAAACAAGAAGCCUAAUUGCUAUUUGCUAAAAGGCUGAGAUGAUCAUAUACUCGUGUAGAGGUAUUUACAAGUCAAUAAGAAUUUAAAUAGUGUUUACAUUCUGAUUCUUCAAAUGAAAACGUUGAUCACUAUAUAUGUAUGUACUGUGUAUUAGACUUUGUUAAAACUCAUUGAUGUCAAUAUAUUCAAAGCUUCCAGAGAAUCAUUCAUCACAA